GGUCCGUGUACCAAGUAUCCAAUUUUUUUAAACAGCUAAUUCAAUUUCACUAUACAAAACCAACCUUCUUCAUAUGCCUAAACUUAAAGUUACCAAAAAGCCUGUUGUUAGUGGAAUUAGCCCCAAGCUUACAAUAAGUUUAAUUGAUUGUAAUAAGCGAAAAAUAAACCCUGUUUUGAGUGGAUUAAAAGUGGAACAUUGGACAAAUAACGAAAAAUUGGUAAAACAAGCACUGAAAAACAACAAUAAGCAAGUUAGUAAAGAGUCAAUUACGCGAAUGAUCUUGGAGUUUUUUGCCUCUGUAACAACUUCGUUUGCCACAAAUAUUGGAUUGUCAAAAUAUAGUAAAGCUUGUAGGAGUUACUUUCUAAACCCGAAGAAUAAAGCUGAUCUUCAGAAAGUCGUCAGUACUCAGUUAAAGUUGAUGAAUUUGGGAAAACAAAACCAAAAGAUAAUCGAGACAACUCAUAAUUUAAGAAGUAAAUCAAAAUUGCAGAAGAACUUGGCGAACGCAGCAAAAGAAUAUCAAACAGCAAAAUAUGAAGCAGACGUGUUUCUGAAGGCUUUGGAUGUGGAUAGCAGUGACUCAAGUUCAGAAGAUGAUGGCACUGUUGAACUACAGACACCAUUAACGCAAUCAGCCAUAGAAGAGAGUGACAAUGUCUUUACGACAGAAAAUCAAGCCGAAAGUGUGGGCAAACGAAUUAAACAAGAAGCUGUGAAUAUUCAUAACGAAUAUGUAAAAGGAGUUGACGUUGGUACUCAAGCCAAAUUAGUGAUGGAACUUGGUCUAAGCUCGAUCUUGGAUUUAACUCAUAAUGAAGACGCGUAUCAGAAGUAUAUUUUUUCAAAUCAAGAAUGGAAGCAGCUGGAAGACUAUUUUAACAAAAAAUACAAACUCAAAACAACAACAACUAUUCCAAAAACCGUCAUUGAUACUUGGUCCACUGUUGCUCAACUUGCCACCAGGAAGGGUGCUUUUGUCGCAUUAAAAUACAUAGCGAAAAUCCAAAGCCUUGAAUCAACAAGUGAGGUCAAUUAUAUUUUUCUUGAAAUAUUGAAACAUAUCGUCCUUGUACUUCAUCAAGAUACGGAUUUAAUUAACGGUAUCAUUGAAAACAAUGGUUCUAUUUCAGAACAAGAUGUGUACGCCCUUUGGUUUCCUAUUAUCAAGAAAAUUAUAUCUAUGAAAAAGAUCAUCAGAAUGAAGCAAGGAGAGACGACAAACCUAUACACCACUAAACGAAAACAAGCCCAAUAUUUUGAUCAUGAAAAAGUCAAAGGAUUCAAGAUUGAUGCACGUUUGCUAGUAGAUUAUGGUCGAAACGAAAUUGAUUUAUGUGCUGGAGAAGUUGCGGUAAACACUCAUGAUGCCGACAAGCUUAUCCAUGAUAGAAGCAAAUUUAUUCGAGAAGCAAAAGAAAUAUGUGAUCGUCAUAUGGAAGCAGGAUUGGGAAGAGACUCAGUUGGUUGGGGAAUUCAGAUUUGCGGGCUCGAGGCACGUUUGGUGUCAGUUCAUCUUUUUCGAGAAGGCCUUUUCGUUGCUGUAUGCCAAAACAGGUUUCGAUUUCCCCAAAAUAUCAAAGAAUUGCCGGAAUUUAUUGACACUUUAAAGGGUCUUGUAUACCUUAUUGAACGUAACGAAAGUGAAGCUAUUAAACUCAUCGGACUCUACGAUAAGAUAAAUAGAUCUUAUAAUUCUUCAUUAAAUGGUGAAACUAGUAGCAAUAGAAGUGACAACGGCAAGAUGACAACUUUGUCUACCUAUUAUACCCCACCUCUAGGAGAAAGAAACAAAUCGAUCAUUCCUCCUCAAUUAUUCCGUAAAAGAAAACGCCAGCUGUUUCAUGAAAGAGUCAUUAUCGGAGAAGAUAACUCUAAAUCAGCUAUGUUAGAAACGAAAGGAGCUGCCGAUAUGUUUGGUUGGGUAGAAAUGGAUGAUAAUACUUGGUACAAUACUGUAACUGGCGAAAAGAGUGACAUUUCACCUUAUGAAGAAUGACAAACUUGAUAUCUUAUUCCAUUUGCACCUUUUAUCAGCUAUUGUAUUGAAUAAAAGACAAUAUGGCUCCAAUGGAGCAACGAGACUA